AUGAUGGAGGAUCACCUGUCGAAGAUCCCCAUGUUGCCGUCCUCCUCCCCCACUGAGUCGUCUGCCAGCGGCGGGACUGACGACAGCAGAGGAGCCAAGAGUCCAGCCCCGGGCAAAGCUCUGAGCCCGGCUCUGGUCUGCAAAGUGUGCGGCGACACCAGCAGCGGGAAACACUAUGGCAUCUACGCCUGCAACGGCUGCAGCGGCUUCUUCAAGCGCAGCGUGAGGAGGAGGCUCAUUUACAGGUGCCAGGCCGGUACGGGCAUGUGUCCGGUGGACAAAGCUCACCGCAACCAGUGCCAGGCGUGUCGGCUGAAGAAGUGCCUGCAGGCAGGCAUGAAUAAGGACGCGGUGCAGAACGAGCGGCAGCCCCGCAGCACAGCCCAGGUCCGUCUGGACUCCAUCGACGUGGACCCCGAUAAGGAGCACCUGGCCACCACACGGGAGCCCACCUCCUCUUCCUCCUCCUCCUCCUCCUCCUCCUCCUCCUCCUCCUCUUCCUCCAGUGGCUCUGUCAUCACGUGGCCCCACAUCAGCUCCUCCAUGUCCAUCACCUCCUCCGUCGCCUCCCAGCGCUGCGUCAGCCCCCAGAACAACCACCGCUUCAUGGCCAGCCUCAUGACGGCUGAAACCUGCGCCAAGCUGGAGCCCGAGGACGUUGACGAAAACAUCGACGUGACCAGCAAUGAGCCGGAGAGAGCGUCCUCGGAGUACCACAUGGCUCUGUACCCGUCCAGCUCCGAAAACGUGUACGAGACCUCGGCGAGACUGCUCUUCAUGUCGGUGAAGUGGGCCAAGAACCUGCCGGUGUUUUCCAACCUGCCCUUCAGAGACCAGGUGAUCCUGCUGGAGGAGGCGUGGAGCGAGCUCUUCCUGCUCUGUGCCAUCCAGUGGUCUCUGCCGCUGGACAGCUGCCCGCUGCUCUCCCUGCCAGACCUCUGCCCCGGCAUGCAGGGAAAAACCAGCUACACCGGCCUGGACUUGCGCCUCCUGCAGGAGGUCUUCGGCCGCUUCAAGGCCCUUGCCGUGGAUCCCACAGAGUUCGCCUGCCUCAAGGCCGUCGUGCUCUUCAAGCCAGAGACUCGGGGUUUGAAAGAUCCAGAGCAAGUGGAAAACCUGCAGGAUCAGUCUCAAGUGAUGCUGGGACAACACAUCCGCUCACACUCCCUCAGUCAACCGGCCAGGUUCGGAAAGCUGCUGCUUCUUCUUCCCUCUCUGCGUUUUGUGAACUCGGAGCGGAUAGAGCUGCUGUUCUUCCACAGGACCAUCGGAAACACCCCCAUGGAGAAGCUGCUGUGUGACAUGUUCAAGAACUAA